CUCAAGCGCGGCCACGAUGAUUCGGGUGAUACUGUUGGUUCUGUUGGUGUGCAUCUGUGGAGUCCAGUGGAGCGAUGGACGCAAUUCGCAGUGUUUGCACGUGCGUUUGUCCCACGGCGGUUGGUUGAUCGGUCGCCAUUUGACCACCCACAACGGUCGGCAUAUGCGGGCAUUUAUGGGUGUCCCGUACGCAGAGCCGCCACUCGGCGAUCUUCGCUUCCGUCCGCCAGUGGCAAAGGCCGCCUGGGAGGGCGAACGUUUGGCCAUCAAGGAUGCACCCAUCUGCCUGCAGCGCGAUCCCUUUCGUCGCGACAUGAUCAUCGAGGGAUCCGAGGAUUGUCUGUAUCUGAAUGUCUACACGCCGGAGACGCCAAAGAUGAAUGGCUCCUUGCCCGUGAUGGUGUGGUUCCAUGGCGGCGGCUGGCAGUGUGGCUCCGGAAUCAGCAGCUUCUACGGACCAGAUUUUCUGCUCGAUCACGAUGUCGUCUUGGUUUCGGCCAACUUUCGACUGGGUCCGUUGGGUUUCCUCAGCACAGAGACGGUCGAUUGUCCCGGUAACAAUGGGCUGAAGGAUCAACUGGAGGUUUUGCGCUGGGUACGUGCCAAUAUAGGUUCCUUCGGCGGUGAUCCCAAUAGUGUGACGGUCUUUGGCGAGAGCGCUGGAGGCGCCAGUGUCACCUAUCACAUGCUGUCGGAGAAGUCUCGCGGCUUACUGCAUCGUGGCAUCGCCCAAUCCGGCACAUAUUUCAAUCCCUGGGCUCAGCCUGCUCAUAAAGGAGUGGCUGCUGCAAGGGCCACUAAAUUGGCUGAGUUGGUGGGUUGCGGCUCCGCCAAAGAAUGGCCGCAAAAACUCGAGUGCCUGCGGGAAAGGCCGGCCGAGGACAUCGUGGCCUCCCUAUACGACAUGUUUGUCUGGGACUUUGACCCGAUGAUACCUUUUCCCCCGGUGAUCGAACCGGAGCACGAGGGCGCCUUCCUCACGGUUCCACCGCGCCAGGCGCUUAAACCCCAUGGAUUGGAAUUGCCACUCCUUGUGGGCGCCACCGCCGAAGAGGGACUCUUGAAGACCGCCGCCCUGCUCAAUCUUCCCCAGCUGUUGGCCGAAUUCAAGGCCCAGUUUGGCCAGGUCCUGCCCGUUGUGCUGAACUACGAUCACCAUGAGGACUCCGUUCAGCAGAGGAUAACGCAGCGCAUCGAGAGCUUUUACUUCAAGGCAGGCCACGAUUACGAUAAGACCAACCAUCAAAAUUUGACUGAUCUGAUUUCGGAUGGAUGGUUUGUGGCCGGAAUCGAUGAGUACUUGCGCCUCCGUAUGUCCCAAGGGGGCGUGGCACCCACAUAUGUCUACCUGUUCGAUCACAAGGGUGCCGCCAGUUUUACAGAGAUUUUCAAGGGCGGCCGUAAUGAGUUUUACGGGGCGUGUCAUGCCGAAGAGCUCCAGUAUUUAUUCCCCAUUGGCCGGGAGCUGUUUGUGAGUGCCGUGCCGACGGAAAAGGAUCUGAAACUUCGCGAAUUGAUGCUCCAUUUGUGGGUUAGCUUUGCGAAAACCGGCAAUCCAAAUCCUACGAAUGCCAGCUUCAAUUUGCCCACCUGGAGUCCUGCGUCCGGUUAUCCAGUGGAAUAUGCCCGUUUGGGGACCAAAAUCGAGGAUUCCUCGACCAUCUUCCGCUUAGAAAAUGAAUUAAUGCAGCAGCGUGCCGAUUUUUGGAGGGAUUUGCAGCCACAUUUGCCCGUCAGUCACGCCCACAACGAACUUUAGCGCACUGCGUCAUUUGCCAAGGGAAUGCUAUACUUUAUUUAAUUAUUAAUGUUUCACUAAUAUAUAAAACAAUUUACGAGUUGUGAA